GCUCGUGAGAACGCCCGUCUCUGCAGCUAUCUGAUGAUUUCCUCUGGCAGGUCAUUCACGCCAAUCCGCAGACCGCAAGUGCUGGAUCAGGGGAGGAGCAGGGCUAUGGCAUGCGCACUACUACUCUACGUUUCCUACCAUGGCCUCAUCAUACAGAAAUCUGCACACGCCAACUCGCGAGGAGCUUAACGACGCGUCCCCUGAGCAGCUCCGCGCGUACUAUGCGACUAACGCCUCCAUCAACCCUAAUCUCUCUGUCGCGUCCAUUCCGCCCACUGUCAAUGGAGUGCGCGAGCGUACAGCUGCGAAGGUUGGUCGGAUGGCUGGCAUGGCCAUUGCUGACUAUCAAGGCAUGCUCCACGGGUUCCUUGUUGGUCUGGUCAAUGCGAAGCGCAUCCUGGAGAUCGGUACCUUCACCGGUACUUCGGCCAUCUACUUUGCUACUGCACUGAAGCGUAACGGGGUCAAAGGUGGUGUCGACGAGACUGGCCACAAGCCUGUGGUGUGCCUGGAUAUCAGUGAGGAAUUUGCCGAGAUUGCCCGCAGCAACUUUAGAGAGGCUGGACUAGAGGACUACAUUGAAGUCAUCGUUGGCGAUGCCCGUGAGAACCUGGCCAAGCUGAGCAACAUCACUUUUGAUGUCGCGUUCCUUGAUGCGGACAAGGUGUCGUACAAGUACUACUACGACACAAUCAUUGACAAGGGACUGCUGAACAAGUCAGGGCUGUUCAUUGUUGACAACACCGCGUUCUCCAGCGUCACUACAUACCUUGAUGUCCCUGUGCCUGUCGCUGCAGAUGCCAAGCCGCUGGAUGUCAAGUUCGACAUUGACUUCAACCACAGAGAGACUACUGUCGCUCUCCACGAGUUCAACGAGUAUGUUCGCCACGACCCACGGACCGAAGCAGUUAUGCUGCCGCUGUAUACGGGUGUCACCCUCCUGCGCUUCAUUAACUAGGACGCCAUAGUAGUUUGUGCGGGUUCGAAAUAAAACAGCUUGUAAAAGAAUGAUGCCAUGACAGUGGAAAAAGGGCAGGACGUU